CGAUUUUCAGCAAAGUAGUAUCCAAUUGCAAGACUGCGAAAUAGCUUAGUCUACAGUAAAUGCAAUUGGUUGUGAAGUCUAAAUAUCAAAGGCAAUAUAAGGCGGCCAAAUUAAAGGCUUAGGCAUCUAACACAUUGAUGGAAGCUAGUUUCUUCCUACAUUUUCUACUGUCUUUCUACUAUUGUAUACCCAGGAUUUCUACAACAACUGACUUGAUCACUACAAAUCAAUUCAUCACAGAUGGUGAAACUAUUGUUAGGAUUUUUCAGCCCCAGCGGUUCCUCAAAAUGAUAUAUUGGGAUAUGGUACAAGCAAAUUCUUCCUCAUGUGCAAACAGGUGUAUGGGUUGCCAACAGAGGAAAAUCACUCAUGAAUACAUCUUCUGCUGUUUUGAAGGUUACCAAAUCAGGGAAACUUGAUCUUUUUAGUGACAAGAAUGAAAUUAUAGGGUCCACUAACACUUCACGAUCAGUCCAAAGUCCAGUUGCACUACUUUUAGAUUCAAGUAAUCAUGUUGUGAAAGAUGCAAAUGAUGGAAAUCCAGAAAAUUUCCUUUGGCAGAGCUUCAAUUUUCCAACUGAUACGUUCUUGCCUAAUCAGAAGCUUGGCGGAAAUUUUAAAACUGGUCAUGAGGUAUAUCUUUCAGCUUGGAAGAACGAUAACGAUCCAACUCCAGGGGAAUUUACUUUCCACAUUGAUCCUACUGGAUAUCCACAGGCCCUCAUCAGACGUGGCACAAGGGUAUCAUCACGAGCAGGACCAUGGAAUGAUUUACAGUGGAAUGGAGCCCCCGCACCACUACAAAUACAAAGCAGCAUAUAUACAUUUCAAUUUGUUUUCAAUAAGGAGGAGGUUUACUAUAGAUAUUCUCUGAUUAACAAUAGUUAUAUACAACGUUGUACAUGGGAGGAUCCUCUGGAUACUUGUGAUACAUAUAACUUAUGUGGUGCCUAUGGGAGCUGUUGUUAUCAAACCUAUGUUCAAAAUCAGAAAACAGAAACCAACAACUGGAAACGGAAAAAACCAAACCGGAAAACGCAAAACCAAACCGUAGACUGA